AGGUUUCCCGGCGUUUUCCGCAAUUUAUGCCUGAGGGUCUAGAUUCAAUAUUCACGAUAGAAAGGUCAAUAUCGAAUAUUUUCGUUUGUUUCCGUGGUUAGUGCUAACCAUCGGGGAUAGCCAUGCCGGCGGUUCGUGGAGAUGGGAUGCGCGGCUUAGCUGUAUUCAUAUCUGAUAUCCGGAAUUGCAAAAGCAAAGAAGCAGAAAUUAAGCGUAUCAACAAAGAGCUUGCCAACAUUCGAAGCAAGUUUAAGGGAGACAAAACUCUCGACGGGUAUCAAAAGAAAAAGUACGUCUGUAAACUUCUCUUCAUCUUUCUGCUUGGACAUGAUAUCGAUUUCGGCCACAUGGAAGCCGUUAAUUUGCUGUCUUCGAACAAAUAUACGGAGAAGCAGAUAGGUUACCUGUUCAUCUCGGUGCUUGUUGACAGCACCAGUGACUUGAUGAAACUUGUCAUCAAAAGCAUUUCGAAUGAUUUGCAGUCUAGGAAUCCGAUUCACGUCAACUUGGCGCUGCAGUGUAUUGCCAACAUCGGCAGCAAGGACAUGGCCGAUGCAUUCGGAAACGAGAUUCCAAAACUUCUUGUGUCGGGGGAUACGAUGGAUACCGUGAAACAAAGUGCAGCGUUGUGUUUGCUGCGGUUGUAUGGAGGAGCAGGUGGGGAACCUACGGCCACUCCCUCCGGAGAAUGGACUUCUCGCAUUGUCCAUUUGCUCAACGAUCAACACAUGGGAGUAGUGACAGCCGCGACAUCUUUGAUCGAUGCUUUGGUCAAGCGCAGCCCUGAAGAGUACAAAGGGUGCGUCUCGCUGGCUGUUUCGAGACUUUCAAGAAUUGUGACGGCCAGCUAUACCGACUUGCAAGACUACACGUAUUACUUCGUUCCUGCGCCAUGGCUUUCUGUAAAGCUACUGAGACUGCUGCAAAACUAUCCCCCUCCAGAUGAUCCCGGUGUGCGUGGGAGAUUGAAUGAGUGCCUCGAAACAAUUUUAAACAAAGCCCAGGAGCCUCCGAAGUCCAAGAAAGUUCAGCAUUCAAACGCAAAGAACGCCGUUUUGUUCGAAGCAAUUUCGCUCAUAAUUCAUUCCGACAGUGAGCCAAAUUUGCUUGUGAGAGCGUGCAAUCAGCUUGGGUCAUUUCUCACGCACCGAGAAACAAACCUGCGCUACUUAGCUUUGGAGAGUAUGUGCUUGCUUGCCACGUCCGAAUUUUCUCAUGACGCGGUCAAGAAGCACCAAGAAACUGUCAUAAAUGCAUUGAAGACGGAACGAGAUGUGAGCGUGCGCCAACGAGCUGUUGAUCUUCUGUACGCCAUGUGUGACAAAUCUAAUGCUGAAGAAAUCGUACAGGAGAUGCUCAACUACUUGGAACUGGCAGAUUAUUCUAUUCGGGAAGAAAUGGUGCUGAAAGUCGCAAUUUUAGCUGAGAAGUACGCAUCGGAUUACACCUGGUACGUCGACGUGAUCCUCAACUUGAUCAGGAUUGCUGGAGAUUACGUUUCCGAGGAAGUAUGGUACAGAGUAAUACAGAUUGUCGUGAAUCGUGAGGAUGUCCAAGGUUAUGCUGCGAAAAUGGUAUUUGAGGCGUUACAAGCUCCUGCGUGUCACGAGAACAUGGUUAAAGUUGGAGGCUAUAUAUUGGGAGAAUUCGGGAAUCUCAUCGCAGGAGACGCCAGGUCUUCGCCGCAAGUGCAAUUCCGCCUGCUCCACUCAAAGUUUCACUUGUGCAGUCCUAUGACUAGAGCUUUGCUCUUGUCUACUUACGUAAAGUUUAUAAACCUAUUUCCCGAGAUCAAGGGGGAGAUAAUUACAAUUCUGAAGUCUGAUACAAACUUACGCAGUGCUGAAGCUGAAUUGCAACAGCGAGCAUCAGAAUACUUGACCCUGGCUAACACAGUCUCGACUGAUGUCUUGGCGACUGUUCUUGAAGAAAUGCCGGCGUUUCCGGAAAGAGAAUCUUCGAUUCUUGCUAAACUCAAGAAGAAGUCAUGGAGUAACGAUGCUGCUGGUGCGAGUGGAGCCACGAAAAGUGAAACUGUCUCCACGAAAGCGAAUCACGUCUCCAGCGAACGGUCCAUGGACAUGGGAGCUAGCAGUGGUGCAAAGCCGCAAAGCAGCAUGAGUUUACUGGUUGAUGUUUUGGGCGGAGAAAUCCCGAACGGAAUGCAGGGAAAUCUGGGUGGUUUCUCGAAUGCGUCGAUGUCUGCGCAUGAGGAAAAUUUAAAGAAGUUGAUUUGCAAGAAUAAUGGAGUUUUGUUUGAGAAUGAUCUGAUUCAAGUUGGUAUCCGAGCUGAGUAUCGACAAAAUCUCGGCAGGCUCGGAAUUUUCUUUGGAAACAAAACGAUUUCUCCGCUGACGCAAUUCUCACCGACUGUCAGCUGUCCCGGGAUCCUGGCUGCAAAGCUGCUGGUACAGGCAAAAUCAGUCGAAAGUCAGGUUGAGGCUGGCGCUCAGAUUCAACAGUUGAUUAACGUUGAAUGUAUUGACGACUUCGUUGAAUAUCCUCUAUUGACGGUGAAUUUCGUACACGGAGGCUCACAACAACGUCACGAAUUAAAGCUUCCUGUAUCGAUCAACAAAUUCUUCCAAGCCACGGAUAUGAAUUCCGACAGCUUUUUUGGGCGGUGGAAAAAUCUCAGCGGGCCGCAACAAGAAGCUCAACAUAUUUUCCAGUCGCAGUUCGGAACUGAUGAUAUAGACGGAGUGAAGACAAAAUUAGUCGGCUUUGGGCUUGCACUACUGGAGGGUAUCGACCCGAACCCUGACAACUUCGUUGGCGCUGGCAUUGUGCACAUGCGCGGACAGCAAAUCGGCUGUCUCCUUAGAUUGGAACCAAAUAAGCAAGCCAACAUGUAUCGCCUUACGAUCAGAUCGAGUAAAGGUUCCGUAUCGAAGCAGCUACUGGAUCUUCUGCACCCGCAAUUCUGA